CCAGGAACACACGAGUGCGCCUGCGCGCGCCUUGCCCUGGCUUUCCGCUCCGGCGCGGCGCCGGUCCCCUGCACGUUGGGUCCGGCCCCCUGGCGGUCAGCUCCGGGUCGUCCUGCGCUCGUGCACUCCCCGCUCUCCACCAUGCCCGGGGGCGUGCCCUGGUCCGCCUACUUGAAAAUGCUGUCCUCCAGCCUCCUGGCCAUGUGCGUCGGGGCCCAGAUGGUGCACUGGUACUACCAGCCUGACCUGACAAUACCUGAAAUUCCACCAAAGCCUGGAGAACUCAAAACGGAACUUUUGGGACUGAAAGAGAGACACCACAAACCUCAAGUUUCACAGCAGUAGAAACUUCAAAAUACAACU